AUGCAGGUCUUGGUGAAUCAUGGAUCGACUCUACCCGAAGAGGCUCUUUACGCCAUUCGCUUUCACUCCUUCUAUCCGUACCACUCCCACAAUGCAUAUCGGCAGUUCAUGAACGACAAGGAUCGCGAGCUUGAAAGUGCGGUGCUGGAACUCAAUAGCUGUGAUCUGUACUCGAAGGGUGAUGAAAAGCCAGACAUCACCAAAUUGAAGCCCUAUUAUCAAUCGCUGAUCGACAAAUACAUACCUGGAGAAGUGAAGUGGUAG